CCCAUUCCACCUAGUCGUACCCUUGUCUGGGGAGACUAGAUAUUUUCUUUUGUCGCCUUAUACUUGGCUACCUGUCCUCGUCCAUCUACUUUUCCUUCUAUACGUGUGCUUGUACUUGUGAUAAUCAUCCUGGGAUCAUCGACAACCCAUCUGUUACCAUGUCAAACGACCGUUCAACAUCUCCCAUUUCGGUUCCACCCCCAUCAUCGCGCCAGCGUCGAGCAUCUCUGGCAUCCGGGAUUUCCUUUUCGGAUUAUCUUUCAAGAUCUGGGAGUCAAGGAGCUGCUGGUGCACCACCUGGCUCCAUGGCCAAUGCAGUCGCUGGCAGUCAGCCGAAUCAGGGACGACGACUGUCGAUAACCACAUUGGGACUCUCCGGCUCUCCAACCCAAACUUCCCCCUUUGGACCUCGACACAUCCGUCAUGGGAGUAUCUCUAGUUCCGUGGGAUCCAAUUCGGCAAACCUAGAGGAAGCCGUCGUGGAAGACAACGAGAACGGGCCUCCCAACGCCACCCCUAGCUCUCCAUUCACUCGACGUCUCUCCUUUGGUGCACAGGCAUUGCGUGAUGCCCGUGGAGGAAGCAUUGGUAAUGGUAGAUAUCCCUCUUCUGCAUCUCAGGUGGCUGGAGGGCGGCGCAAUUCGUCGUUGGCCAGCACACCCUCUGCCCCCAGCCCUACAAACUCAACUGUUGCAAGUACAUACAAAGCCUUUCCCCAGAACGAUAGGUCUAACGCGUCUUGGCGACAAGUAGGCGAAGGCUUCAAUUGGUCUGAGGCCUUGCGGACUCGGGCCGAGCGAGCGCCAUCUUUGGGCGUUAUGUCGCCUAAUUCACCUCAAAGCCAGCAUGCAGUCAAUAUGGGUCACCAGAAUCACCAUCAGCGGGCUGCGUCAAUUGCCUCGAUGGAACAACCAGCUCGAGAAAUGCCAAAACAGCCCAAGCAGAAUAAGCCUGAUUUCUUCCAGGAAAAGAUCCUUCGGGGUGAUUUCAUGGACUAAGGUUGAGGGCUGGUUUUCUGAUUCUAACAUCUUUGCCUACCCGCUGUUUUAUUGUCAUCUCUCUCCUUCUUUCCCUUAUUGUAUGUCGUCUUUGCUUUGUGCGUCUGGUUUCAGUUCUUCCUUGUCCUCCCCUUUCUGGGAAGUGCACCGAAAAGCUGUGAGGUUUCUCACAAGACCAGAAAAAUAAAAUCAGAAGCGAGAUCUUGAUGGGGGUGGGGGGAGUGGAGAGAAAGAAAGAGAGAAGAAGAAAAGGACAAACGGUUGAUUUGGACAGCCCCAUCACGGCGGCUAUCUCAUGGAUUGCUCAGUCACUUGACAGGAAGGAUUUCCCUACUGUCGCAUGAAUGUUGACAUGAUCUACAAACUCUUAACAAAUAUCUCCUUUAGCACGCAUAUUUACGUGAAUUUUCUUGUCUCUGCAUCAGUUUUCGGGGAUUCCGUUCGCGUGCGGAUUAUUUCAUCAUAUUCUCUCCAUUUAUGAUUUGAUUUAUUCUGGGUCCUGCUGGUCAGACCCACUUAUGAUUAUUAUCCUCGGGCCCCUCAAAUUGCCUGCUAUGUGAUACUGUCCGUUACUUUGAAUCUGAUUUAUGUUCUGGGAGUAUCUGAACCUAAAAGAGGAGUCUAAGUGCCUGAAUUAUAUAACAACAGUAUAU